UUUCCCCUGAUCCUCCCGACGCACCACUUGACGUUUCGAACUAUGUUCACCUGUUGUCUCUGCAAUCAGUUACACACAGAAACUUGCGCACGAUUAACGCUGCAGACACUCGUGGCAACCGGCGAAUCGGAGGAGCACCGUCAUGGCGGUCACACAGGUAAUCACCAUAGUCCGAGUAUAGCGUACUGCCCAACGUGUAGGAAGAACGUUAUCACCGAAGUGAAAAUAUCUUAUUCGAAGAUUGCACACAUUACUUGCGUCCUUUGUGUUAUUUUUGGCUGUUUCCUCGGAUGCUGUCUUCUUCCGUAUUUCUCGAUGUGCUUCGUCACCGCAAAGCAUUACUGCCCGGAAUGCGAUACUCAUUUGGCAUCUCACAACUCUAUCCUGGAAGUUUUGCACUAAGGAAAAUGCCAUCCAUCUGCCAAGGCACGUCGGCACUUUUGAUUUAU